CGUAAAUACUGAAACGUGUACCAUACGAUACCAUAGAGUAACUCUAUGUUCAAUACCAAUCGACGGGUUUUUAGAGUAUACCAGCUACCAGAAGUGUUCAACGACAAUAGCAAACCGACAAAAACUGAAAUUGAAGAGCACGCGUCUAGAAUCGGUAUAGAUCCAGUCAAAGAUAUACAUUUAUUACACUUAGCAAAACAGUGUCUUCUUGAACCAUUGCCAUCUGAUUGGAUUCCCUGUUAUAUUGAACAAGUUGGAAAAUAUUUCUACUAUAAUACAAAUCAAAACACAUCACAAUGGGAACAUCCUUUAGACAAUUUUUAUAGACAAAUUGUCGAAAAAAAGCGUUCCGAAGAUUCAUCAACAGGUCAAGACAUUUCAACAAAUCGAAUUUUAGAAGAAGACAGUCCUCCUGACGCCAUGUACAGUACAAAAAAUAUUUACGAUUUAUCUAAUAAUUCUAAUAAAAAACCCGUCGCCGAAAAACGCACUGUACGUUUUAAAACACCGAUUGAAGAAUCUUUGGAUUUUGACAAUUCGGAAGAUAACAAUAUGAAGUUCUUAGGACCAAUUAAACUAAACACGCCAUACAGCUCACAACAAGCUUCUCAGAAUUUACCCGUAUUUUCUUCAAGCACUCCUUUCGAUUUUAGGAUUAAAGGCAGUCGUAGUGUUUUGUCUAAAUACAAUGUAUUAUCAAAUAAAGAAGAAUUAUUAACAUCUGGUAACAAGGAUAGCAUCGAAAAAGAACUGGAAACUCCAGCAGAAAGCUCAGUAGUUCAAAAAGAAAAUACAAAGAAAAUCAAUAUUACGUUAACAGAAUCCUCGGAUCAUUCAGAGAGCACUUCAUUAGAAGAAUGUUUAAAAGAUUUUGAUAAAGAAUACGGCGAUAACGCUGAUGGUAACUGUUCAGAUGGCGAGAUCAAGUAUAAUGGUUAUUCAACUACAACACAAUUAGAAAAACAUUCUGUAAAAAACGAUUUUCCAAAUGAAGCUAGAACUUCUUCAAACGAAUUAUUUAAAUCAACAAAAAAUAAAGAUACCUUGCAAAUAAAAAAGAGUAACAUGGAUGAAUCAGUUCAUGUUGAAAAUUAUGCAGAUAAUAUCAAUAGAGAUAUUUCAUCUUUGACAGUUUUAAAAGACGCAAAUAGUUUAAGUGCAAUCCAAGGAAAAACUAUAGAAAAAGAAAAAUCGGCGUUUAAGCCUACCAUUACAUCGAUUGAAAAAAUACAAGACACAGAUGAAUAUUUUGUAGACUUAAUACCUAAACGUAGUAAUGAAAAUUAUGAAACCAAAACAAUAUCUCAUCAUGAGAGAGCCAAUAAGAAUGAUUUUAGUGACCACACUAAUAUCGAACUCCAAAUUGAAUCACAAAUCACAAAACAAAGUUCUAUCAUUAAAGAAAAGAUAGAAGAUGACAUUCGAACAAAGGAAACCUUACUCAGAAAUGAUGUUUUUAAAAAAAUGGAUGAUUUAAUUCAACUUACGAAUGAAAACAAUAGUUUUAUGGAAAAGCGAAUUUACAAAAUGUUUGAUGAGUUUUAUAAAAAGAAAAAUGAAGAUCUCGAAAAGACUCUAAAAAAUAUGAAAGAAGAUUUAGAUAAAAAGAUACUAGAUGAAAACGAGAAACACGAUGUACAGUGUAGUUUAAACAACCAAAAGAUGAAUGCAGAGACUUACAAAAAAUUACAAGAUGAUCUGGAGAACAAUGUACAGACACUUAAAAGUGAAAUCGAAUCUAAAACUAAUAAGUCAAUUCAAAAUCUCAUAAUUGACGAGCUAAGCCAUAAAUCAAAGACUGCAAUUGCCGGUUGGGAUCAAGCUGCGGAUUUAUAUAAAAUGGCUGAACUUGAAAAAGUAAAGUUUGAUAUUGAACAAAAAGCAGAAAAUGUCAAACGCCACGCUGAAAAAGAAAUUGAACGCUGUAAUAAAGAAUUUGAUGAAAAACUUAAAGUAAUUUCUAACGAUAAACUAAAGAACGCUGAUGAAGCGUUGAACUUAGCUUUAUGUGAUCAAAUUGAAUUAGUGCAAAAACGAGUCAAGGGAUAUUAUGACAACCAAAAUAAUACCACUAAAAAUAAUUUUGAAACAAACAUUCACGCUACAAACGUCUCUGUACAGAAGUCAAAUGAUGUGCACACAGAGAAUACAGAUGUAUUUAAUUCAAACAAAAUAAUCGAUAUUAAAAAAAAAAUCCAACACUGUUUUGAUGAAUUAAAUAAUAUAUUACUGCUUGUCAAUGAUGUAUCCUAUUCCGAAAGUGAUCGACCAAGGGAAAAUGAAGGCGAUGGAAUGAAUUCUCAAUCAAAUAAAUGUACAGUUUCAUGUCAAACUGAUAAUUUUUUAGGAUUAAGUGCAAAUCCUCAUUCAAGUAACUACCCGUAUCCAAAUUCAUUACAUUUUUCUGCGUUUAAAAAUGACAAUUAUGAUUUUGAAAGUAUGUAUACUGAAAAUUGGAAUCAGGCAAAAUCGUCUAAAGAAUUAUUUACUAACUAUAUGAUAAAAUGUUCUCGAGUAAUAAAUCCUGUAGAUAAUUUAAGUCAAGAAGAAUUAAAAGUUAAUGCAGCGGAAAAGAAUAUUUUUCGCUUGAUUGAUGCAUUUGAGAAGUUGAGAUACACUGAUGUUAAUCAUAAUUCUGAAAUAAUUCCUACAAAUAAUUAUUUUCAUCACCACGGCGAUACGCGUUAUAUCAACAGCAGAGAGCUAACGCCCAAUCAAAUAGCAUACAAUCGCACGAAAGAUUUAAGAAAAUGGCUUUAUAAGACUGAUACAAAGAAUACACGAUUGUAUUAA